AUGUCGAAACACGUGAGCAUACAUUUCAAAUUCAAAGAUCGAGUCUAUAGUGUAACCAUGAAGACAACAGUGGAUGAUAUAACUUUGGCAAUGCUUGAAGAAAGGUUGUAUAAAAAGUUGUCGUUGAAUGAAAGGAAUGUAAAACUGGUGCUGAGGUACAUGCCGAUGGUGGUUGGAUGUGAGGCAGAGCUAACUAUUUGUGAUGAUGAGGAUUUGUUUGUUUACCUAAUAACAAUUGAUAAAGACAACCGUAGAAGUCUUUUGUUAGUGGAGGAGACGAGUGUAUCAGAUCAGUUAGAGGUGGUGUCAAGAGUGUGCAAAAGUUCUGUUGGUAUGAAUUACCAAGCAUUGCAGGGAAAUGAUGAUGAAGUCGGACCUAAAACCCUGAUUCUGUACGUAGAAAACGGGGAGGCAGAUCAACAGAAGAAGCAGAUAGAGGUAGAGAAUGAUGACGAAAGAAGACAUGAUGAUUUUAUGGAAACAGACGGUGAGACAGAAACCGCAGCUGAGACGGAAACUGCAGCUGAGACAGAAACCGCAGCUGAGACGGAAACUGCAGCUGAGACGGAAACUGCAGCUGAGACUGAAACUGCAGCUGAGACAGAAACCGCUCCUGAGAAGGACACCACAGCUAAUAUGGAUGGCAGUGGUAAUAUGUAUGUUGAGCAGCUACCUUUAGUAAAAUGUAGUCAAGUUAUAGAGGAAUGGGGAGAUGCUAUGGGUCUGUACCUUAUGCAGGAAUUUCCAAACAAGAGAUCACUUCAAGAGGUGGUGGAUAGAGCUGCAUUUGGUUGCAGCUUUCGUUAUGUUAUUAAAAAAUCUGAUCGAAAACGGUUGGUGUUAAAAUGUUGUGAAGCAAACUGUAAAUGGGGAUUGCGAGCUGCGAGGAUUCGAGAGACGGAAAUUUUUUCUAUUAGGAGGUACUGGGGUGUGCAUACAUGCUCUCGGACUAAUCAAAGUAAUAGCUGCAACAGCAAGAGGAAAGGAUCUGCAGAAUUAGUUGCAACUUUUUUGAAUGAGGAAUAUCCUGGAAAACUGAUGACUCCUGUUCCGAGAGAUAUCAUAGACUUAAUUAAGUUAAGGCUGGGUGUAUCGGUAUCUUACUCCACAGCCUUGAGAGGGAAAAAUCUAGCUAUGCGUGAGUUGCGUGGUAAUUCAGAAGACAGCUACAAGAUGUUGCCUAGCUACUUGUACAUGUUAGAGCAGGUUAAUUCCGGAACAACAACAGAGGUGAAGUUGGAUGAGGCAGGUAAGUUCAAGUACCUUUUCAUAGCUUUAGGAGCUUGCAUUGAAGGGUUUAAGGCCAUGAGGAAAGUGAUUCUUGUGGAUGCUACAUUUUUGAAGAACGGAUAUGGUGGGGUACUAGUAUUUGCUAAAGCUCAAGAUCCUAAUCGUCACCAUUAUCCCCUCGCGUUUGCGGUACUUGACGGUGAGAAUAAUGCUAGUUGGACUUGGUUUUUCGAGAUGCUCAAAACUGUUAUACCGGACUCUUCUGAAAUAGUUUUUAUGAGCGAUAGAAAUCAGAGCCUCAUCACUGCUGUAGCUAAUGUGUAUCCACAAUCUCACCAUGGCCAUUGUAUAUGGCAUCUAGCUCAGAAUGUGAGAAACCAUGCUUGUAACACCAUCAAAGCCGUAGUGCCAUGGAGAUUUAUGGAGUUGGCUAGGUAUUACACAGUGCCUGAGUUCGAGGCUGCUUAUGCAUCUUUUAAGGUGAGAUAUCCUUCAGCCUGCAAGUAUUUGGAGGAGAACACUAACAGAGCAACAUGGGCUAGGGUCUACUUUCCAGGUUGUAGAUACAACUUGGACACUAGCAACAGUGUGGAGUCGAUGAAUAGCGCGUUUAGGGACGCAAGGAGGUAUGCCUUGAUACCAUUGUUGGAUACAAUCAUCAAAAAAAUAUCUGACUGGUUUAAUGAACAUCGGAAGGACGCCGUGUCUGGAUCACUUGAUACCAAACUGGUUCCUCUGGUUGAGAUCCAUUUGCACAACUUAUGGGGCAAAGCUGAGAAAACGCCAGUGCGUGAGCUGAAUAGUUAUGAUCUUGAGUACGAGGUUACCGACACUGACAAUGGGAAGGUUUAUUUGGUGAAUUUGAUAGCGAAGUCGUGUAGCUGCAAGGUAUUUGAUUAUGAAAAGUAUCCUUGUCUUCACGGACUUGCUGCUUACUUAUAUUUCCUUGAGGUUCCUGCUGCUAAUGGUCGUCGACGUGAGGUCAACAUAGAGUAUCAUCAGUUGUGCUCAAAGUAUUACUGGACAGAACUUUGGGCAAUGGCUUAUUACAGGACCAUUUAUUCUGUGCCGGACAAGUCUGAAUGGAUUGUACCAGAUCACAUCAAAGAGCUCCAGAUCAUACCUCCGAAAAAGCUGACAAGGAAGGGAAGGAAAAAGGUUAAUAGGAAUCCAUCAGUUGGAGAACGGCGUAAAAGGACACAAAACGUAAGGCGAGCGAGGACAAAUUUUGGUUUUAAUUGGCUGUUGUUUGGAAUGCGUUCUAAUCCUCCAAGUGAAACAAACUAAAUCGUGGAAUGUUGCUUUUGCUAUGUUGCUUUUGUUAUGUUGCUUUUGCUAUGUUGAACUUGGAAUGUUGUUGUUGUUAAUUUUAAUCAGGUUUGGACAACUACUGAGAACCUUGGUAUAACUAAGUAUAAUUGUUCCUGAAUAUACCCGAAUUUGGUUUUUUAUAUAUCCAAUAAAUGAUAUAAAUUCUCCAUCUUCUCUCUCUCUCUUCUCUCACUUUUCUCUCUCGAGACUCUUCUGCUUACUUUCUGAGGACAAAAUAUCGAAGAUGCAAGGAGAUGGUUUGGGUUCGUCGAGGAGAAGGGAAAAUUCUGCAAGAAAAUUGUGUUUCUGUCGCUUAGAUGCCGAAAUAAGACAAGCUUGGACAGACAAGAACCCGGGGCGACGAUUUUAUGCCUGUCCGCGUUAUAAGGUAUCCCAGCUGAUGAUAGAAAUUGUGAUCCAAGAUUGAAAAAUAAAGAAAUUAUUUACAAUGGAAUUUUUGGCAGGAGAAAAAUGGAUGCAACUACUUCAAAUGGUUUGAUGUAGAGGAUGGUACAGAAUGGCAAAAAAUGGCUUUGAUUGAAGCCCGAGAUGAGAUCCAAGAGAAGAGUAGGGUGAUCGAGCAAUUAAACCAAACCAUUGCAGAACUCACAAUUAAUUUGGAGAGGAUCCAACAAGAAGAGGAAAUUGUUAGAGACUUUCAAAAUCUCUAUGUUUAAUGGUGUGAGAAAGUUUUAUUCUAAGUUUACUUACUUAUGUUUCCCUGUAUUGGAACCUAUGUAUUUUCUAAGUUUGUGCACUGUCGAACUAAUGUUGCAACUAUGGAAAACCACAGAAAACUAGUAAAACAAGGUGUUACUAUGAUCGUAAAUAACAGAUAUUUACUUGACAUCAUCCCCUCUAAUCCAACACAAAAUUGUUAAUGCACAAACACAUUCACUUCACUACUCCCCUAAUUCAUCAACAGAAACUCCUCCUGAAAUUAUAUUAGUGAAAAAAACUAAACUAAUUCAUCAUCAUCACAUUUUCUAUUAUGCAUUGUAUAGUCUUUCCAAGUUCAUUUUCUUAAUAAGAGCAGCUUACAAAGGACUAUUCUACAAUUCUCCUGCUUUCGAAAAUAUUCUUGCAAUUAUCAGUUAAACUUGAAUGGUAAUAAGGGAAAAUAACAAGUAAAACCUUCUUAACCAAUUUAAAUUAUACGUAAAACUAAAAAAUGUUGAAAUCAUGAAAAAUAGAACUAUGAAGAAAUUUGGUAACACCUGAAACUUCAGUAUAACUAUGAGCAAAUAUUUUGGGGGGGAAAACUAAAAAAAAAUUCGCGCCUAAUCGAUAAUAUUCCAAAAAUCUCAAUUAUUUCGGUCAAAAAGUAGACUCCCUAUCUGCUCUCUGUCUCGUCUCGUCUACUGUGCUCUGUCUCACUUUAGUCAAUUAUUUCUCUCUCUCUCUCUCCUCUGAGACAAAUCCUCUCCUCUCUCUCUUUACUCUCUUCUCAUCUCGUUGAUAUCUAUCGACCUCCCUUCCUCAUCUUAUCUACUCCACUCCUCCUCCUCCUCACACUCCUCACACUCUUCCCUCCCUCAUCUUAUCUAUUUCAAAAUUCCCUCUACUGACGAUGACUCACCCGUACCAAGAGAUGAAGGACAUGAAGAAACACAAGAAACACUACGACAUGUUAGGCUACAUUUGCGAUGCCCAGUAUGGAAUUCCUACCCGUUGUCCAUGUGGCGCUGAAAUCAAGACAGAUGUUUCUCCAAAUCCUAAGUAUCGCCACGAUUUCGAUACCUUGCCUGGGAGUAGGUACUUCACCUGCAAGAAUUAUGAGGACGAUGGGAUGCACUUUCGUCAGCCAUGGGCUUUUGGUGUUGAGGAUGAAGUGAUGCGCCUAAGGAUGGAGGUGAAUGAUAUGGCUGAAGAGAUUGCUAAGCUUAAGAGGAUUAUAACCUCUACCUCUCGUCCAUGAGAUUCUCAAAUCUCAAGUUCUUACUAUGGAUGUGCUAAAAAUAAGAACUUUGCUUUGUAUUCCCUAUCUAUUUCCAGUUUCGGUUACAAGUCUUUUUUUUGUUCUGUUAAGACUUGUAUAAGUACUACUAGGUUUGUUCUGUUAAGUCUUUGAAUCUUAUCUAAUGUUAGACUUAUUAUGUGGUUAUGUUAAGAACUUUGUUUGUCUUGAGUGUUGGCUUAGUGGAUUUCAUUUCAAUUGGUAUUAUGUCAUAUAAUUAUCAUUCACCUAAAACGAGACAAAUCUAAUAACAAUAUUACAACACUAAUAUAACAUAACAACUUAGUCAUAACAUAGUUAAAGUUGUAAAUCCACAUCACAAUCAAGAUAAACAUUCAGACUUCGUUUGUCUUUAACAAAAAAAAAAAACGAUUUAACAUAAAACAUCCACAGACUUUGUUUCACUCAACUCCACUCGACUUCACUUGGUUUUCUGUUUUUUGCCUUUCCCCACAGACUUCUGGGUUUUCUUUCUUUUGCCUUUCCCUUGUGAUUCUGGUUCUUCAACCUCUACUACUUUGCCUUGUGCUUCCUUGACAAACUCCUCAAGCGGGGCCAAUCUCCCAUCCAGCUGGUCAACUUUCUUGUCAAUUUUCCUCAUCAGUUUCAUUGUUUUUUUCAGCAUAUUCAUAACAUCUCCCAGCUGAAUCGACUGCUCACCUACCUGUACUCCAUCCCCUGUUGCAUCUUCAAUUGGUUCUGGCUGUUUUUCACGCCCAGCUACAUCUUCGUCGAACAUGUCUUUAAAAAAAACCUUCUGCCCUGCAUCCAGACACUUCUCCCAACUGUCCACAGCUAUAUCAGAUUGAUCAACAUCGUCUUCAUCUUCCAUAAUCUCAUCCAAAAGGCUAUCUUCUCGUGAAGUUUUGGUUGGGAUGAUGCUGUCAAUAUCCUGUCACACACAUAAAUAAUUUUAAAACUUAGCAAUUUCUAAUGUCUAAAAAGAAAAUAAGUACUACCUUACUUCUACCACAGUUUCACUUUAUUCCUACCCUAGUUCCCUUUCUAGUACUACCUUACUUCUACCACAGUUUCACUUUAUUCCUACCCUAGUUCCCUUUCUAGUACUACAAUACUUCUACCACAGUUUCACUUUAUUCCUACCCUAGUUCCACCACAGUUCACAGGAAGACUUACAGUUGUGUUACCCAGUUCCUUGUUUAUCACAUAAAGUGACACCCCUGUCAUUCCAUUUCGUUUAAAGUAGGACUUGCACAUCCUCGGACAGUCGCACCCAGCUCCAACCACAGUCUCUCUGAACGCUAUUCCUAGCUUCGGAAUUGCCUCGAAUGCAAGAAGCUGUUACACACAACAUUUUUGCAUUAGUAAACAACAAUGCUGUCAGACUGGUUUAAUGGGAUUUUGCAUACCUCUAAUGGAACACAGAAACCUGGUAGCGGCCAUAAUGUUUUCUCUUUCACCAACCCUCCAAAAUGCUUCAUUGUGUGAGAGAUCUCCUUCAGCAUGUAAUCAUAGGAAAAUCUCCCCCACGGAAAGGACUUGCAGUACUCAAGAUCAUCCACUGCUCUCUGGAACACCUCCAAUACAUCAUUAGCCUUGUGUCAAACCUUCGUUUGUGCACAAACAACCGAAGCUAAGAAGAAUAGAACCGCCAUCUUCAGUCUGUCUUUGUGGGGUCCCAUGUUCACCAGCUUCUUCUUAACAUCCUCUAACCUUCUCGGUUCUCCUUCCUUGAAAUGACGAUCAACGAACCUCGUCCCACCAAGCUCUUUAUAGCCGAGAGGAUAGUUCUGGCAGAAUAGCCCAGAUAUCAAACCAUGUUCCCUCAGCCCGUAACGGAUUGGAACCCCAUUCACAAUAAACCACACUUCUCUCAGCUUCUCGAUACCAGCAGUACGCAACAACAACAUCCACAUUCCCUGAACCCUGUGGUUAGUCUCUAUCUUCAUGUGGAAAAUGUGUCUGAAUUGAGGAUGCCCUGUGAACCAGCUCAUCUCGGCGUUAGACAGCUUGGGUUUCAGAUUUUUUAGCGUCUUAAUCGCGCUAGCUAUCAUACACCUUGUCCCUAGCUUUAUUUUUUUUCUGUACUCGGUUGGCUUGAAGAACAUGCUGGUUGGUUUGAUUGCCUCGAUUGCCACAUUUUCAUUCAAACCCUGCAAGUUAUACCAAAGUAUUCACCAUGUUAUACCAAAGUAUUCACCACGUUAUACCAAAGUUAUAUCCAAGUCAUACUAAAGUUAUAUCCAAGUUAGCUAUAUCCAAGUUAUAUCCAAGUUAUAUCCAAGUUAUAUCCGUUUACACAAUUUCAGUUUACCUCUACCAAAACUAACAUGUUAUUCCUAUACUUCCCCUAGUAUUACUAGCAUUAACACACUCAAUUGAAAAUUUGUUACAUUUGUUACCUCUGGUUCAGUUGGAUUCCCGGGUUCAGGUGGAUUCUCAUUGUCGUCUACAUUUGCUAACUCUUCUCGGUCAUUUUCUUCUUCAGAACCUUCAUUCUCAUUAUCCUUUCCUUCUCCGUCUCCAUUUCCUUCUCUGUCACCAUUUCCUUCUCCAGAACCUUCAGUAUCUCCGUCUCCAUUUCUUUCUCUGUCACCAUUUCCUUCUCCAGAACCUUCAGUAUCUUCCUUCUCAUCUGCUUCUUCUUGUUCUUCUUCAGCAUCUUCAUUCUCCUGGCUAGAAUCAUCGGAACGGUCGUCAUGAUCAUUCUCUUCCUCUCCAGAACCGGCUUUCUGAUUCUCUACAUCUCCAGAAGAAGGGGUUUCCUCAUUCUCUUCUUCUUCAGAUUCAGUCCCUAUCGCCGGAGUUGCUGGAGGAGUUGGAGGAGAUGGGCCAGCAGGACCUUUGUUCAUUGUCGCCGGAGCAGUUUCUAAAGCCACAUCACUCGCCUCCGUUAUCUCUGCCGUACUCUCCCUCGCGUCCUCACUCGUCUUCUCCGCCGAGACAUCCGUCGUCUUCUCCGUCGAGACAUCCGUCGUAUUCUCCGUCGAGACAUCCGUCGUCACCUCCGUCGAGACAUCCGUCGUCUUCUCCCUCGAGUCAACAAUCUCCGUCGUCUUUGCCGUUCCCGUCGAUUCAACAUUCUCUGUCGUCGUCUUCUCAAUAUUAUCGGAGGUCGUUUUUACAAAUUUCAUUUUCCGAACCUCUUCCUUCGUUGGAUUAUCCUCUUACCCCCUCCUCUCGUUUCGACCACCAUAUCGUAAUCGUUGUUGGCUCUUCUGAACUCACCGAUUGAUUUUCAAAACUAGGGUUUCUUCUCGUUUAAAGUGGAGUGAAAAGAGGGGGGAGAAAUGGGAGUCGAAUGAAUUAAUCAAUUGGAGGAUUUAGGGAAAUUGUAAAGGGUUUGAUAAAACCGACAUAUUUAGUUUGGUUUCGAAGGAUGAGUUUGGUUUUGAGGGAUUGGUUUGGUUUCCAGGGAUUGGUUAAACGGUUCAACGAUUUUGUUCAAUUGAAUUGACUAUACAUUCGGGUCGGGUCCUUGCGGAUGGGUUAUACCCUGGUACAACUUGUAAAUCCUUCAUUUAUUCCAGGGUUUUUUGUCAUUUCCGCAUUUUUUGAUUUUAAAAAUAAAUAUUUAUCUUUCUGUUAAUAUGGGUGUCUUUCUGAGAUUGCCUUUUUACAUUUGGGGGCUCCAGAAGAGAUGCCUCCUUUCCCUGUUAUUAGAAAGUAUUACAUCUAGAGUCACAUUUACACUUUUAAUAACACUUUUCCUAACUAUUUGUUCACUUUUGGUUAGGUUUUCUAACCAAAACAGAACCAUAUUAUAAUUUGUGGUCCACAUUCUCUUUUAUUCUUUAUCAAUUAAUAUUUUUAAAUUGAAUUGAACUUCUCGAUCUAGAUCGAUCUCUGGUCUGCUAAGGUUCACUUGAGCCACGAUCACAGCUUACGGUGGGUGAUUCACCGUCACGUACUAUGGACGCCGGGACUGUUCCAAGUCGACGAGCUAUCCGCCAGAAUUUUCAGUCAUGGCGAGCUCCAUCCACCGCCGCGUUCUUCCUUCUCCACGUGUUUACACUUCCGCGGUGUCUCCUGUCCUGUGGGAAGCUUCAACGCCCUCCCCAGCUCCUCCGUCGUCGGAAUCGACGGCGACUUUCUCCAGAUCUAGAAGCUCCUGAUAACAAUGGCCAGUUUUGGCCUUUUUGCAAAUCUGAUCCUCCGAAUUAAAGUUAUAUUUUACUUUAGACCCUAAAUGUUCGAUUGUACAGAAAUAUCCAUUGAUUUUGACCUCAAACUUCCAUUUGUGUAUUCCAUACAUUU